CCUGAAAAGCAACAUAGAACAACAAAUAAACGGACAUAAAUUAACAAAAAACACAGGAAAGAUAGGAAAAUAUUUAUUCACAACACUUGGGUCGAUCCAAUGUGAUAUUACUUUUGUAUCGGCAUUAUCAAUAUUUGGAUCGACCUGCCCGCCCCAACGUGUAGUUGCUGAACCACUUUCGGGUACAAACCACAUCGCUGACCGGCGGUUCGCCUUAAACUACAAUAUAAAAUGGCGGCUAUUCGUUUAUUAGAGAUAUUAUUUUUCUUGUAUUUUGUAUCUCACAUUCCUAUCACAUUGUUAAUCGACUUGCAACUUAUUCUACCCGGAUAUCUAUAUUCCCAAACUCUGAAAGACGUCGUCAGUGGCUACGCUGAGAAGUUUAACGAUGCAAUGGUGUUGGAUCCUCCCGAGUGGUUUAAGACUUUCGUUUUCUGUGAGGCUUUGCUCCAAACUCCAUUCUUUCCCGUUGCAGCCUACGCUUUCUUUAAAGGAGGCCGCCAUUGGAUCCGGACUCCGGCCAUUGUUUAUUCCACUCAUGUGGCCACCACGAUGAUCCCGAUUCUGUCCCACAUCUUAUUCCAUCAAUUCCCCGAAGACGGCCCCCGGGGCCCACAGACGCCGCGUGAGCGCUGGAUGCUAGCCUCCAUAUACGCUCCGUACUUGUUCAUCCCCGUCCUGCUACUCUGCACUAUGCUGAUGUCGUCCACGUACAAUCCCAAAACCAGGUCUAGGAACAUGCACUCGGCCAAAGGCAAGAAGAAAAACUGAUGGGGUUUUUUUUUUGUCCAUUUCAAGCCUUCUGUAAUGUACAUCUUUAUUCCUGAGGUCAGUGAAUGUACCUUGGGCAUGGAACAAAACCACUUCAGUGCCGCCUGUCAGAUCAACCAAGCUGUUGUAUUGUGGGUAAUAAAAUACUGACAUCCUG